CUGGAACAUCAUGCACCGAAAAUGACCCCACCAGAGCUUCGCCGAGUCGCUCCUUCCACCUUCGUUCGCUUCAUUCUUGCCUGCGAAACAGACGUCGCUCGCUCCGUUAAAUACCUUGGAGCAUAUUUCUAGAAUAGCCUCUUUGCAAUCCUAACUUCACCUUUUUCAUAUCUCUUUCCUGCCUCCACUCUUCCUUGGAACAUCUUCCCUCCCCGCUCGCAUCAUGGCAUCAACUACAGCUCGUGGGUUCCCCACGAUCAAGGCCAUCCGUACGUUUGUUGUAGACGGCGUCGGAUCUGGAGGGGAUUACCACAAUGUCAAAGGAGGCCAUUGGUUGAUCGACACACCUAUAUCGACGCCAAUGUCGCGAUGGGAGAAGUACCGGGCUUCAAGAACAAGUUGGGGCAUCAAUGUUCUGGGCUCCUUCUGCGUUGAGAUUGAAGGCUCUGAUGGCACCGUUGGUUUCGCAACUGGAUUUGGAGGCCCUCCUGCAUGCUGGCUUGUUCACCAACAUUUCGAGCGAUUCCUGAUCGGUGCCGACCCUCGAGACACAAAUCACCUUUUUGAACAAAUGUACAGAGGCUCAAUGUUCUACGGGCGAAAAGGACUCCCAGUUGCUGUCAUCUCGGUCAUCGACUUGGCACUUUGGGAUUUGCUUGGCAAGAUCAGAAAUGAGCCAGUAUACAAGAUGAUCGGAGGCGCCACAAGGGACAGGCUGGACUUCUACUGCACUGGCCCAGAGCCAACGGCUGCAAAAGCUAUGGGGUUCUGGGGUGCAAAAGUUCCACUGCCAUACUGUCCCGAGGAAGGCCACAAGGGUCUCAAGAAGAACGUGGAAUUUCUCCGGAAACACAGAGAAAGUGUGGGUCCGGAUUUUCCCAUUAUGGUGGAUUGUUAUAUGAGUCUCAACGUUCCAUAUACGAUUGAGAUUGCUACCGCCUGUCUGGACCUCAACAUUAACUGGUGGGAGGAAUGCCUUUCACCCGACGACACAGACGGCUUUGCACAAAUCAAGCGCGCUCAUCCUCAGCUCAAAUUUACAACUGGAGAGCAUGAGUACUCGAGAUAUGGUUUCCGAAAGUUGAUUGAGGGUCGAAAUCUCGAUAUCAUUCAGCCAGAUGUCAUGUGGUUGGGAGGCCUCACGGAGCUCCUCAAGGUUGCAGCGAUGGCAUCUGCGUACGAUAUCCCGGUUGUUCCUCACGCCAGUGGACCUUACAGUUACCAUUUCGUCGUCUCUCAGACCAAUUGCCCCUUCCAAGAGUAUCUAGCCAAUUCUCCCGACGGAAAGAGUGUCUUGCCAGUCUUUGGAGAUCUCUUUUUGGACGAACCGAUCCCUGUCAAUGGUUAUCUCAAUGUCUCGCAACUCGACAAGCCAGGUUUUGGAUUGACAGUCAACCCAGCAGCUAGACUGAUUCCUGCACAAUACCUGUUAACCCCAAAUCCAGAGAGGCCUUUGGGUAGGGCUGUCGAGCAGAAGAAGCCCGAGGAAAAUGGAAUCAUUAAUGGUGUUGUGGAUGGAGUGAAGCAGUUGACAACUUCAUAGACUAUUUCGGCAUGCCUAAUGGAUUUGGCACAUAUGGGGGGUUUGUUUUCUCUUGCGUUCCGUUCUUAAAGCAUCUCCAUAGAAUGCUCCUAUGUGCCUAGCUACCGGUGGAUUUGGAUGGAGUUCAUAAUACAUGCCGUAAACCCACUCGCUCCUCUAUUUCCUAAGCGAACAUGAAGCGAGUGCCCCCUUUUUGAGAAGUCAUAGCAGGAGAGACAUCCAAUUCUAGUUCACUAGCAGAGAAAAUUCUUUUCCGAGAAGAUUUUUAAAUACGAUCGUCAACUCAGCCAACUUCAAACACACGCUACUCCCUCAAGCUCUUCCCCUUCCAGCACCUCUCCGCUCCUCACACCCCAUCUCCUCUCUAUAAAUACCAUCACGUUCCACCAAUAUCUGAGAUCUCCGCC